AUGCGCCUCCUCAACGUUCGCACGGGCGACAUCACCCCUUUCCCCUCAUCCUUGCGCCCGCCACCAUACGCAGCGCUCUCGCACCUCCACGGUCCCGAGGAGAUCUCGUUCCAACAAUGGGCGACGCUGCCCCGCGCGACGCUCAAGGCGCGCGCCGCCUACUUCAAGAUCAAGCGGGCACGCGUGCAGGCUAUCUCGGACGGGCUGGAGUGGGUCUUUGUCGACUCCGUCUGCGUCGACGGGUCGUCGCCCGCUGAGGCCUCCGAGGCCGUCAACGAGGCGUGGGCCGUCUUCGCCGGCGCCGCCACUUGCUACGCACACCUCGACGACAUCGCCCAGCCCGUCCUCGGCGCCAGCCUCGAGUCUGCCCUGCGCACGAGCCGCUGGUUCGGAAGGGGCUGGACGCUGAUGGAACUGGUCGCCAGCAGGGACGUUGUCUUUUACAGCACCGGGUGGGAGGUGCUCGGGACCAGGCGUGGGUUGGCGGGCGUCAUCUCCACCCUGACGGGGAUCGACGAGGCGGUCUUGGCGGGGAAGGACGAGGUCGGUACGGUGAGCGUGUCGAGGAAGAUGAGCUGGGCGGCUGGGAGGAGGACGACCAGGGCGGAGGACGCGGCGUACUGCCUGCUGGGGCUGUUUGGCGUCAACAUGCCGCUGAUGUACGGCGAGGGCAGGACUUGUGCGUUUCGGAGGCUGCAGGAGGAGAUCUUGAGGGCGCAUCCUCUGGACCACACAUUGUUCGCUUGGGGCGAGCGGAUCGUCAGGGAGAGGGUAGACCGGUUGCCUCAGGAGGCCCUGCUGGACGGAACGGAGACGCUCAAGUGGAGAGACGACCGGCAGCUGCUGCCGCUGUUGGCCGAUUCGCCAGAUCAGUUCGCCGGGUCCGCAGAUCUGGUGCCCAUGACCGUCGCGGCCGAAAUGUUUUACUACGGGAAUGACGUCGACGCAUCAUCAGAAGGAAAGGCAAACACCGACGCCGUACUGCCUUCCGUUUCCGGAAGGGGUGUACUCAUCGAAACACCCACCACCGACCCAGAUGCAGUGCUUUACCCAUGGCGAGGGCACAGGAUAUCCCAACUCCGUUGGGGAAAGCUAGUAGUCCUAUUCUGCCACCGCAGGGACGACCCGUACGAGCAGUUCGCCGUCGCGCUGACGCCCACGGGGCCCGCUUCGUACGCUCGCGCGCCGGAGCUCCUGGUGGGCAAUUUCACCCAGCACAUCUGGCAGCGGACGUCGAGCAUACGGAUGCUCGUGCGACCGGACCCGGGCGUCCCGUCCCUCGCCCACGGCGACCUCGUGCUCCGCCGCUGGGUGGUGGGCAACAACGAGGAGCUCCUCUCGGGCGCAUUUCCAUGCGUGCCGAGCCAUCAUUUCUCGAGCAACGAGGGCAUCCUGCGUGUCAAUGGUUCUGCGUCGGGCAAGCUGCUGUGGUCCAUGUCGGCCCUGUCCGAGACGGAAACGCUCGCGACCUUCAUCACCCGCCGACCCUCGACCGGUCCUACCGCGCUCGGCCCAACCGCCAUCACCUUCUACCCGCUCUCGAGCCAAAUCGCCAGCGAGACUUGCGACGCCGACGGGACCAUCUGGCUGCCGCACCCGGGCUCUGAGUCGGGAACCCUGGCGCUGGCCGAGGAGGCCACCAUCGACAAAGCUGUGUGCACCCAUGUCUUCAAGACGCCGAGCGACACGUGGAUCUCACCUGGUGUUGGCAACAUGCUGCCUCUAAUUACGGUGCGGGUGGACAGGAUCUGGAUCGUGGAGGGUCGUGUAGCGAUUGAUGUUGUUGACGUAGUGGCCCCGUAUCCAGUGGGAUCGCCCUUCAAGGGGACGUUGCCUCGCGAGACCUUCACCGCGAUCAGGAUCAUGAUGUGGAGCCACACCUUCACACUGACGAGAGUAAUAGGUUACAUAUACACAGAUGCCUUCCUCCCGUCCACAGAUGCGGUCAAGGCAAACAACUUGGCACGCGCGCAUCACAGAGGGACAAACAAUCCCCACAGCACCGGGAUGGAAGAAUCGCUUCAUCGCGACUCUGCGUGGUGCAAGCGCCGCACCAAUGACCCCCGAGGAAACGCCAUCUAA